AUCCUUUUUUAUCUGAUGGACUCAGCGAGGGCUGGAAGAUCACAGCGUGGCUGAAAACAAAAGGGAGCGAGCAAGAUGUGAGCGGCCGAUGUCUGGAACACCAGGMGCGGCGGUGGCGAUGUGCUAGGGCCAGGUGAGCUGCAUGCCCGGUAGCCAUGUGGAUCGCCGUGACUCUGCUGUGCUGCUCGGCGCUGGCCCGAGCAUCGUGCCCCUCGCAGUGCAGCUGCGCCUUCCACAGCCCCGCCGAGGGCUCCAAAGCCAGGACAGUUCUGUGUAAUGACCCAGAGAUGACCCUCCCUCCUGUGAACAUCCCUGUUGAUACAACCAAGCUGCGUAUAGAGAAAACAGCCAUCCGCAGGGUGCCAGGAGAAGCUUUCCACCUCCUUCACAACCUGGAGUACCUCUGGAUGCCCUAUAACUCCCUGGCCAGCCUCAGUGGGAUCACCCUCAAGGGCCUUCGCCGUCUGCAGGAGCUGAGGCUGGAUGGRAACAACCUAAUAUCGUUCCCCUGGGAAAGCCUGGCUGGCAUGCCCCAGCUGAGGCUGCUGGAUCUGCACAACAACGAGCUCACCUCAGUCCCUGCCGAAGCUGCCCGCUAUGUCAAGAACAUCACAUACCUGGACCUGUCRAGCAAUAAGCUGAUGACUCUUCCUCAGGCUCUCAUUGCCACCUGGGCCAACCUCCAGGCUGUUCCCUACUUCCCCAAUGACAACUCCAAGAUCAUCCUAGGCUUGCAGGACAAUCCUUGGGUGUGUGACUGCAGCCUGUAUGAAAUGGUCCACUUCCUAAAUUUCCAGUCUCCUAACAUAGCCUUCAUUGAGCCCAGGCUGAAAUGCUUCACCCCGCGGAGCCUCGCCGGAGUGUUCUUCAGCCAGGUGGAGCUGAGGAAGUGCCAGAGCCCCGUGGUGCACACGUCUGUGGCCAAGGUGAAGACCAUCCUGGGCAGCACGGUGCUGCUGCGCUGCGGCACCACGGGCGUGCCCAUCCCCGAGCUCAGCUGGAGGAGAGCGGAUGGGGCUCAGCUGAACGGCACAGUUCACCAAGAGAUUUCCAGUGAUGGGAUGAGCUGGUCUAUCCUGGGCCUGCCUGUAGUCUCUUACCUUGACUCUGGAGAGUACAUCUGUAAAGCCAAGAAUUUCCUGGGGGCAACAGAGGCGUUCAUCUCUCUCAUCAUCACAGACUCAGAGAGCACAGAUGACCCUAACUCUGCUAAAGGCACAUGGAAUGGGAAGGCCAGCGGGAUGGAGGCAGCUGCCUACAAUGACAAGCUAGUGGCAAGGUACGUCAUCACCACCUCCACUGUGCCCACCCUGGGUUCUGGAGCGGGCACUGGAGAUGGCCUACUCCUCCCGGACGUGGCACAAGACAGCAACCCCCAGAACCUGCUGGUGAGCCCCACCCCGGGCCAGGAGCCAGAGAGAAUGGUGAGGUCUGUCAGGGUGAUAGGGGACAGCGACCAGAGCAUCACCCUGGCCUGGAAGGCRCCGAUGGCAAAGAACACCACGGUGUUCAGUGUCCUCUACGCCAUCUUUGGGGAGAGGGACAUGCGGCGGAUCAACGUAGAGCCGGGCAAGACCAAGGUCACUGUUUAUGGGCUGCUGCCAAAAACCAAAUACAUCGUGUGUGUCUGUGUGAAAGGGCUGAUCCCCAGGAAGGAGCAGUGCAUCAUAUUUUCCACAGAYGAAGUCGCCAGCGCGGGAGGGACGCAGAAGCUCAUCAAUGUGGUUGUCAUCAGCGUGGCCUGCGUCAUUGCUGUUCCUCUGACRCUGGUGGUCUGCUGUGGAGCGCUGAAACGGCGCUGCAAAAAAUGCUUUGUGCGAAAACCCAAGGAAAUUCAGGAAUCCUACGUCACCUUUGAAAGCCUGUCCCCUGGGGCCAAGGCCAAAGGUGUGGAAGGAGAAUAYUUGACUAGACACACCCCUGAUGAGUCCAACAGGCUGCUGUCYGCUCGCUCCAGCGUGGACUCGGAGGCCAUACCAAAGAUAGAGGGACAGCCUAAUGAAUACUUCUGCUGAUAGGAACCGUCAGCUCACCUGAUGGAAAGCUCAUGCUGUAUCUGUGACACUGCUCCAGCACUGCAGGCCACCCUGGCCAUGCUUCUGUCGCUGACAUGUUCUGGAAGAGGUUCCACAGGGUGGAUGGUGCCCAAGCUUUAAGAAACAUGUUGCUCACACCACUUGGSUUUGCUGCUUUGUAGCUGGUCAAAAGCUUCUGUGAUAAUGGCCUCAUUCUU